AUGUUUUGUGUCGUUCAGAAAAUUGUCCCGAAUUUGGGCUGCGCAUCCCGUUUUAACGGAAAUUUGGGCCGCGCGGAGCGGUGGCCCCGCGGCAUAUGCUUUGGGACAGCCCAUCACGCGGCGAAGCGGUACGGCUGCGUGGGCAUCGGACGGUCCGGGGGCAGCCACGUCUGUCGAUCCUACGGUUCCCACGCGUCUUCUCACUCCGUACUGUGGGGAUUGAGGGUUGCCCCGCCGCGCCCGGCCCUGCUCCCCGCUCCGUUCGCCGCCGAGGUCACCCGCCUGGCGAUAAGACGGCGCGGCCGCAGUCCCAGUCCCGUUGGCCGUUGCCCGGUCACGGACGCCGUGGAGGUGAUUUCCGCCUGGCGAGAAGAGCGCCCCCAUCUCUCCGCCUGCGGCUUUGAGUACGGCCGCGUGGGAGGAGAAGGCGGUGAGCGAGGAGCUGUGGUGGACGGUGUGAGCUCGAGCGGGCGCAGGAGGCGCCGCCGUUGCGACGGUGGGCCAUGGCCCGGAGCUGCCUCCAGCUUCCUGCCGCCGACCAGCUGUGGUCCUGCUCGUGCGAAGGAUCCAUGGGGCUCCGGCUUGUGGUGCUUCCAUCCUACCCGCGGAGUCGCAGGAUCCAUGAGCGUCAAUGUCCAGAUGGGCAGCGGCGGCGGGACUGGCGGUGGCGCCGCCGGAUACGUGAUGUGCUCUGAAGCUACCAGUGGCUGGAUAAGGAGGGGUAGGUGUCAAUCAAAAGAAGCGCCCAAGGGGCAGGCCAACAACAAGCCGAGACAAGGCUCCUUACGAGCAACAUUUGAAGAGGCCUCGGUUUUGUAAGAUCUGCAGGGUGUAGGGCCACAAAUGUACAACGUGCCCCCAAAGGGGCGAUUUUCCAAACGAAGUUGCCGAAAUGCACCAAGUGUGGUGUGGUUGGGCAUCGUCAGAAUGUUUGUGGCACUAAAAAGAGUGGACCGUUGGAGCCAAAAAAUUUCUAGAUCACACUUGUCAUGAGGGGUUUAUGAAGUCAGCAUAUCCAAUGUUUGUUUUCAGGAAUUUAUUUUGUGAUGCAGUUGUUUCCAUGAAUUGCCCUGCCCGAACUGUUUGGCAGUCAAACCAAACUUGCACGAUAUCACUCUGGUUGAUUUAGAGGGUUUACCUAGUCAGCCUUCCCAAUGUUUUGAUGUAAUUGUUUUACUUUAUGC